AUGGGGAACAAGGCAAUUGAAAGAAGAUUCAAAUUCAAACUAGGAGUCGAAGAUGCUGAAGCUUGGGGCUUAUUUUUCGGUCUACAACUUGCUGUAAAUCUUAAUGUUCAAAAACUUGAAGUUGAGUCAGACUCUCCCAUCCUUGUUCAGCUUGUGCAAAUGAAUGAUUGUGGUCUUCAUCCUCUUGGUUCUCUGAUUUCUGGAUGUAUAAACUUCAUGGCCAGUUUCAACUCCACUAAGAUCAGUCAUAUUUUCAGAGAGGGAUACAUGACUGCUGAUGUUUUAGCCAAAGACAACAUUAAUCAUGAUCUGGGUUUACUCAUGCUCGACGAUCCUCUUAUCCAUGCUGCUCAAAUGUUUCUUGAUGAUAUUUCUGCUGUUUUCUAG